ACCACCUGACCUCGUGUUAAUCGUGUUAUCGUCCGCACAGUCACUCCUUCCCGGCAUCAUCAUUCUCCCACCAUGGCGUUGCGGAAGCUGCAAGCGGAAAUCGAUCGAACACUCAAGGCCGUCGCCACUGGCGUCGAGACUUUCGAGUCCACAUUCGACAAGUUGAACCACGCCUCCAAUGCCACUCAGAAGGACAAACUCGAGACUGAUCUUAAGACACAGAUCAAGAAGCUUCAACGCAUGCGCGAUCAGAUCAAAGUUUGGCUCGGCAGCAGCGACAUCAAGGACAAGAGUGCCCUCCUUGACAAUCGCAAGCUUAUUGAGACACAAAUGGAGCGCUUUAAAGCCUUAGAGAAGGAAAUGAAGAUGAAGGCCUUCUCCAAAGAAGGGUUGAUCGCUGCAGCGCGGUUAGACCCCGCAGAAAAGGCCAAGCGCGACAUGGUGGAUUGGAUCGGCAGUACGACAGAAGAGUUGGCGCGGCAGAUCGAGGCCACCGAGGCCGAGCAAGAACAAUUGAAGUCGGCCGGCCGCAAGAAGAGGCAUGCAUCAGAACGCCUCUCUGAACUUGAGCAGCUCAACCAGCGACGCGAAUGGCACAUUGGGCGCCUCAUGAUCGUGCAGCGCAUGUUCGAGAAUGGGCAGUUGACAAUCGACAGGAUCGAAGGUAUCCAGGAAGAUGUCAAGUACUUCGUCGAGACCAACGCCGAGGAGGACUUCGAUAUCGACCUCGAUAUCUACGACGAGCUGAAUCUGCAAGACGUGGAAGAGGAUUACAACCCAGCUGACUUCGGACAUACGGCCGAGGACUCUUCCAACAUCGACACCAGCUCGGUUGCCGACACGCAGGAGACACCCAUCAAGACGGCCAAGGACGAGAGAAAGGCAAAGAGGCACGCCGCGUCAGUAGCGGCCGACGAUGAGGCUCCAUCAAGUCCAGUGGUGGCGAAGGGCCGGAAAAAGGAUAAAGAGAAGAAGGAGAAAGACAAGGAGCCCAAGGUUGAGCCUUCGGCGCCCGAACCUCCAACACCAGUGCAGGCACCGCCUGCAAAGCCUGCACCGCUACCCCCAAUCCGAUAUGCCGCCGCUGCUGCCGCUGCCGUUGGAGGGGCAACUCAACCUCCGACACACCAGCUCACCGAGUCUCCUGCCAAGAAGGCCGAGUCAACCCCAUCUAUUGCGGACGAUGCUACGCCCUCUGAGACCCCCGAGCCCGCUACUGAGGAGACAUCCGCGUCCCCAUCAAUUGCGCCGUCUACGGCGGCCUCCAACGCCGACGCCUCCCAAUCCAAUGGACAUCCUCCAGCGCCUCCCCCAGGCAUCUCAGCAACUCCUUCCCCGGCGCCAGCGGAGCCUUCAAGCAACGUCAAUGGUACAGCCGCUCAGCAGACUGCCCACUCGCAGCCUUCCCACGCUGAGUCGUCGCGCACCGUCACCGGCACCACCUACACGCAGAGCCCACGCAAGGAGCAGACCGUGCUUGAGGGACUCAUGCACAGCUUUGGCGUCGCCAAGGAGAUGGCCGACCGCCGCACAACCGAUCCCGAUGAACUCCACAAUGCGCUCGACGGCUCGUUCCGCAACGCCCCAGCGCAAGUUGACGCUGAGCCCCCACGGUACUACCACCCUCAAAACCCGGUGCAAACGCCAUCGUACUACCCGCAGUCUCGUUUGCCGCUCCUUGAGGACAAGAGCAUUUACCAGCGUCUCGACCUGGAUCAGCUGUUCUACAUCUUCUACUACAUGACAGGGACAUACGAGCAGUGGCUCGCUGCGCAGGAGCUUAAGCGCCAGAGCUGGCGCUUCCACAAGCAGUACUUGACAUGGUUCCAGCGGGCGCACAACCCGCAGGCCAUCACCGAAGAUUACGAGCAGGGAGGAUAUUACUACUUCGAUUGGGAAAACUCAUGGUGCCAGCGCCGUAAGAGCGACUUCCGGUUCGAGUACCGCUGGCUCUCCGAUCACUGAGCGUCGAUGUAGCAGUUUCAGACGACAUAGUAGCUUCGGCUGUUGAGCAGCCUCAUGUACAUCGUGCAUAUAUACUCAGCGAUCUGGUGCGUCACCACCACUCACCAGUUGCCGCGCCGCAGAAUGGCAGGCAGGGGCAAGGAGUUGUACAGCGUCGGAGAGCAGCUGCCAUUAGCACCCACCAAUGCGAGGGAGGCCACGUUCGACAUUGUAUUAUAGACGCAUGCUUUCCAUAAAUAUGAUCUACG